AUGGACUCCUCUCAUUCUCCCUCCAAAUGCUUCGACGCACGAACUGUGCCUCUGGAAUACGGAAAUGGGCCAUUGAAUCCCGAUGUCGGUGGAGCUGCAACAGCAAUAGCGAACAUAGUGAUCAACUUGCUUCUUCCCGCCAGUCCCAUGUGCGCUUAUGUCGUUGGAUGCUCCAUCCUUCACGCCCUGGGGGUCAAUACCAGUCUCUACGCCAAGCUAACGUCGACAGAGACGCGAAGGAUUAUUUUCCUCCUUGGCCUCGCCUUGCCAUGGCUAUGGCUAACCAACAACGUCGUCCUGUCCUUCUCGACUACGGCCUUCAAGAAUUCCGAGCACUGUGCCGAAAUGACCAUACCCCGGUUCCUCGAGUUUAUGAUUGUUUCAACAUUCACUGGCGUUCUCGACGUCCUCGGAAGAAGGGACUUGUACGACGACCUAAAGCGACGAGGGGGUCUUGGCCUAAUCUCACUCGUUGUCCUGUGGGUCUAUGGCUGGUACCUUGCACGACAUCGAGAAGAAAUCAUCAGACUUGCCAAGUCGGCGGAGGAAACACCGUUUCGGACUAAGAUUACUCGAGUGUUGCCAUAUGGAGAUCGACUUAUUUCCAUCUAUGGUCGAGUGAGGCUCAUCUGGAGGUUACCUUGGGCUUGCUGCACCAUCCAUGGGUUUUUGUCGUAG